CCGUUAAAUGAUAAAAAGAAGAUCUUGCUCGAUCCGUCUUUGAUCCAAAAAAAUUUCAUCUUUUUUAUAACUUGUUGCAGAAGAAGAAGAUUAACACAGUGUUCACGAGGGAUAGAUUAAGGACAGAGAUUUUCUGGGUUUUAACUAUAGGGAAAUGAAUAUUGUUGGAUUAAGAAGCGAUCGGAGAAAGUAGAAAUCGGGAGAGGAAAGGGAUAUUCGAAACCCUAGAUCAUCUAUUUGAGAUCAAAAAGCUGUUAAAUUUGAGGGCUUUAGAUCGAAUUUGAUAUCUGGGGUUAAUGGGUUUUUUGAAGAAGUUAACGGGUAUACUUGGGUUUGGGCAUAACGAUGGUGGUGGUGGCCAUGGAGCUGUAAGAGAAGAAGAUGGUGAUGGUGGAGAUAACACUGGAACAGUUUCUGGUGAUGGAGAUAAACGCCGGGAAGAGAAUCAGACGAGGUUCCGUGAAACUGGACUUCCAAGGAAAGGUUUUGGUGUACCGGUUCAAGUUGCUGUUGAACGGUCUAAUCCUGGUCCUGUUCUUCAGCCUUGUGCUGCUUCAGAUGGUGGUAUUCAGGGACUACGUUGGUACUCAAUGCGGCUUAAGAUUGAUGAAGACGGAGAUGUUGCAGAUGAGUUCUUGGAAGAUCAUAACUGUAAGACUUUACCAAGAAAGUGCAAAACAAAAGCUGCAAAAGUGAGAGGUUUAGUGAUAUCUUCUGAUGGGAAACUUCAGCCACUAAUGCAUUGAACAAUGAGCACCAAAGAGAAAGAUUUGCUGAUUAGUGUGAUUGAAUCAGAGAAAGGUUAGAACUUAUGUUUCAUUAAUUUCGAGAUCAAUCCAUUAGAUUCCUGAUUUGAUUCUUGAGCACUUAAAAUGUUAUUUAACUGUGAAUUCAGUUUUUGAAAAUAGACAGUGAUUCUCUUUGGGAUUAUCUAAAAACAUUUGUGCAAUUAUUGAAAUUGUGUAUUACUACCAAGUUCUUUGUGUGCA